GUGGCCUUGAUCAGUGCAUUCAGAACAGAUGAGGCUGAGCAGGUCACAAGAUGGACCUAGCCGCGGCACUUCGAUGGUGGCAAGACCGUCUUAUACCCAGAGAUGGACGAUUGUUAUCGAAGAUUGAAUGCCAACUUUUUGGAAAUAAGACCUUCAGCUACUACCUCUUUGGUGUGUUCUGUGCCUGCACGUUAAGCGCUGCCUCAAAGGACUCUGGGCUCAAGCUUCUAGCAGCCCUACGUCUAGUUGUGGCCCUUGCGUGUUGCUACGGUAUGACUCUUUACUUCGCCAUCAGCUCACAAGCAGUUCACGCUCUCUUCGGAUCCACGGCUGAAGUUGCUCAAGACAUUUUCGCUGGAGGAGCGUUCAGGCCAUUUGAAGUAAGAGACGUUCUUAGGCCAAUUUUUAGACAGUCCAUUGUGGUCUGUCUCUACCCGAAGGCAGACGCGAGCAAGCUGUUUAAACGCAUGCGCCUUGCGUACAGGAUGGCACACCUAUACGGCAUUAGUGCCUCUGUCAGUCUGGUGCUUCCCGUCAUCCUGCAGGGCAAACUGCUCUUGGAAAUGUGGCCGUGGUUCGACGGCGAGCUAGGUGUCUGGCUUGGUAUGGUGCUCCAAGCAGCCACCGGCUACCCGGCAUGCGUCCCAUGCUUCCUGGGCAUUGUGAUCACCAUAUCUGUGAGCGAGACGCUACGAAUGCUCUGCCUCAUAGUCGCAACACAGCUCAGGGGGGCGGAGACGGUGUUUCAAGUUCAAGAGGCUGCGCGCCGCCACGCUGCUCUGUGCGCCCUUAUAGGGAAGGCCCGCACCCUGCUUGAGUUCCCCAACAGCGCGCUGACCUUCACGUUCCUGUUUGUGCCCGGCGUGUCAACCGUGCUUGUGGCCCGCGGAGCCUUUGAUGGCUUCUGCCUUCCCUCCGUUCCCUACGUUGUCAUCUUCUUCACCUUGUGCCUGGGUGGUCAGCGCCUCGAGGAAGCCACCGAGGAGUUGGCAGAGGCAGGCUACGCCGCGUGCGGGCAAAGUCCACUGGAUCGCGAAAACGGCAAAUUUAGCAAAAACGGUCGGGUCGCAGGCCCGAGCGUCGCCGCCGGCAGGCCAAGCAAGCCCGGCCCCUGCCGAACGGAGUUGCCGGCGCUGCGAAGCGGAGUGUGAACACUUUAUUUACCAAGUGCAUGCCGCUGUUGGAUGACCCCGCCCACCAAAAGAAUCCUUUCAGAUAAGCUAAUGUUUUGGUUACACCAAAGUGGUUUCCUAACCCUACUUGCUCAUGAUAUACUUUCACUGUUUGUUUCACCAACUUUUGUGGCAAAA